AUGGACAACAGUCACAUGUUAGCAACCAUAGAGAGAAAAAUGUGCGCUGUUGAUAGGAAGAAUUGGUUUAGAUACCAAGAAUCAGAGAAGCAAGCUGCAAGCUUUGAAACUUUGUUGACAUGGCUGAACCUAGAAAUGAAAGCUAGGAUGAGAGCGUCAGCACCAUUGAGAUCACAGAUGCAAAGUGAAGGAAAGUCAGCAAAUGUUCAUCAUUUGUCAUACAAAGAAAAGAGCAAACCAGACCAUAGUGAUAGAUACCAUGAAGAGCAGCCACGAGACAAAGCUCAGAGACAACAUCGCUGCUGGCAUUGCAAGACUGAUGAACACUGGGUAGAUCAGUGUAAGCGUACAAUCUCUAUGGCUGCCCCAGAAAGACUGAAGUUCUUCAAGGAGAAUAGAUGCUGCUUUAGCUGCCUAAAGAAAGCAGGGAAAAACCACUACAUGGCAAACUGUAGGAGAAGGCAGAAAUGUCCAGAGCAAGGGUGCACUUACUAUCACCAUCCUUUGUUGCACUUUGAAGCCAGUCAACAGAUGGAAAAUGAGAGCGACGUUGACAGUGAUACUAGAGCAAACGUCCUGUUAGAUAGCGGCUCACAAGUUAGUUUGAUCAAAAAUUCACUCGCCGAGAGACUCCAGUUGAAAGGCACCAAAACGAGCAUCACAAUCAAAAAGCUUGGCGACGUUGAAGAAGAGUUGGAAACUUUCAGAUAUAGAGUGCCGAUUAGAGAAGCAAACACAACCAAGAAACACCAGAUUAUUGAAGUUGUCGGCGUCCCUUCAAUAACAGAGGAAGAAGCUGUUAGUCUGAAAGACCUCGCAGAUCAAUUUAAUAUCCCUAACCUGAACAGAGAUAGUGGGCCAGUGGAGAUCUUGAUUGGAAUAGAUCAUCCAAAAUACAUAGUAGGUGGUAAACUAAAGAAGAGAGGUAACUUCAUAGCAAGAAAGACUCCAUUAGGAUGGGUGAUCUUUGGUGGCACAGAGAAGCGAACCACAUGUGUCAAUGUCCUUCAUGUAGCAGUUCAGAGUCCAGACUUGUCAGAGUUUUGGCGAAUGGAAUCUCAAGGUGUAAGUUGUCAGUGCCAAGAGACUAAGUUAACCAUUGAUGAACAGAAAGAGGAAGAGAUCAUCAGAGCUUCUUCACAGAAGAAAGGAAAGCAGUGGGAAAUUGGCUAUCCAUGGCAAAGGGAUCCUAAUGAACUCCCAGAUAAUAAGAGUCAAGCAGUGAAAAUCCUUGAGUCAACUGAAAAAAGACUAUAUAGAAACCCAGAGCACGCGGAAGCGUACAACAAGCAAAUCCAUGAACUGGAAGAAAUGGGGUUUGCUAAGAAACUCACAGCAGCAGACAUCGAGAAGUAUGAAGGACCAGUUCAUUACAUAUCACAUCAUGCUGUUGUAAGACCAGAAAAAAAGAGCACCCCUAUCGAAAUUGUGUUUAAUUCUUCUGCAUCUUACCAAGGUCAUCGGUUAAAUGAAUACUGGAUGAAAGGUCCCGAUCUCUUGAACAGUAUGGUCGGAGUGCUCUUGAGAUUCAGGGAAAAUGAAGUGGCCUUGUGUGGGGAUAUCUCCAAGAUGUACCAUCGUGUGUCAAUUCCUGAGAGAGAUCAACAUGUCCAUAGGUUCUUAUGGAGAGACAUGGAUGGAAACAGAGAACCUGAUGUCUACAUGAUGAAGGUUGUCACUUUCGGUGACAAACCAGCCCCUGCAAUCGCCCAGAUUGCUCUGAAGCUUACAGCAGAACAAGGAGAGUGUACACAUCCUCAUGCUGCUUCUGUUUUGAAAAGGAAUGUGUAUAUGGAUGACAUAUGCGACUCUGUACAGACUGUAGAUGAAGCCAGGAAACUAAGUGCAGAGAUAGAUGAAGUGUUAAAUGACGGAGGCUUCAAAGUCAAAGGGUGGAUUUCCAAUGAAUCUGAUGUGGGAGACCUCACCCAAGGAAAGAUGAAAUUACUAGAUGACAUAGCUGAGGAGAAGGUCCUAGGAGUAGUUUGGGACAGAGAAAAUGACACCUUCUCUUACAAAGUAAAGCUGAGAGACAGUGUACUGAAUUCAAGAUUAGAUGGAGAGAGUCAAGAAAGAUUAACCAAGAGGAAAAUCCUAGGUCAAAUCGCCCACAUAUAUGACCCCCUAGGAUUUGCUGCCCCAGUGAUUGUAAGAGCCAAGAUAGGGAUGCAGAAAUUGUGGCAAAGAGGCUACAACUGGGACGAUCCUCUUACUGAAGAAGAAGAUGCGGACUGGAGGCUUCUGUUCGAGGAAAUGAAAGGAUUGAAUGAAGUAUCUCUCGAAAGAUGUCUAACACCUCCUGAAGCUCAAGGUAAAUCAGUGUUGUGCAUUUUCUCUGAUGCAUCAGAAAAUGCUUAUGGUGCAUGUGUGUAUCUAAGGUGGCAAACCGGAGAUGGCAAGUUCGAGACUCGCUUUGUUGCAUCCAAGUCAAAGGUAGCACCAUUAAAGACAUUGACAAUACCCAGACUGGAGCUACAGGCCGCCGUGUUAGCUGCCAGACUGUACAAGUCGAUCACUGAAGAGAUGAGAUUAGAAGUUGAGAAAGUAAUGUUCUUCACGGACAGCAUGAUAACUCUACAGUGGAUCAAGUCUUCGGCCAGGAUAUAUAAGCCUUUUGUGUCAAGCAGAAUAGGGGAGAUUCAGACUCUCACUGACCCCUCAAGCUGGAAACAUAUACCUGGUGAAGAUAACACAGCAGACAAAGUGUCAAGAGGAAUCGCAGUAAACGACCUUAUGAAAGAAUGGAAGUGCGGUCCUAGAUUCCUGCAUCUCGACGAAACAGAGUGGCCAGUAGACAAGGUGAAUAUCGACCAGAGUCUUGAGAAUCUAGAAUGA